AUGGUGGUUGACAGUGGAGCCGCGGUGUCGGUGAUGUCAACUGGAGCAUGGAAUGGACUGAAGAAAGGUUGCCGAAAUUGGAUGGAGGUGGUGAAAAGGUUAGGGAAGCCUAGGUUCGAAGUGAUCGAUACUUCGAAAAAGAAGAUGCGUAUCAGUCAGCAAAUCGAAGUACCGAUUCAAGUGAGAGAUAGAAAGGCGGAAGUAGUUUUUCAGCUCGUUGAGAACGAUGCUGAAAUAAUGCUGCUUGGAACGAACGCAUUCGAAAGUAUUGGAGUUUCGGUGGAGUGGAAACAGGAAAGAACGGAUGUGCAACAGAAGAAGGGAAAGAGAGAUGCGACGAGUAGUGAGGAGAAGAAGGUUUUCGUGGUGGGAAAUCUGGGAAUCCGGGUGGAAAACACGAAACCUUCCGGACAAACUGCGGAGAGGAGCAAGGAGAUCGCUGUGGAUACAGUGACGGAGGAGAAAAAAGAAGGGAUGAAGCCAAAGAAGACGGUGAUUAGAGAAUCGAAGAUUCUCAUAACUCCGAGAAUCGGCGUGAAGGGGAAAUCCAUCUUUGAGUAUCGGAAAAGUGCGCUGGACACGUGGAAGAAUAGAUUCGAUUUUGCGAAUGUGGAAUCGAUCGUAUUCUUGUUAGAGCUCACGGAGGACGAGGAGACGAACCAAAAGUUGGGUGACUUGGUGCGAAAGUUAGCGGAGGAAGUGAAGGAGAUCACGAUCAUUCCGUACAAAAUGGAUUGUGCAAAAUCGAGAUUGGUGGAAAGUUGGAAACGGAGUUGGAUAACUGCCGGUCAUGUGAAGUGGAGCGAUUCGGCUGCGAGUGCGGGCGAAAAGUUCAAAACGUGGGAACAACUGCUGGAGUUCCUGGAGGCGAGGACGACAGAGAAUGUGGUGGUGGCCCAACUGAGAAAGGAGUCGGUGACUUCGGAGCCACGGAUAAAGGAGGACAAAUGGAGUCACCAGUGA